GAAGGAAGGGUGGGGGCCGGCUGAGCCCCCCAGCCCCUCCCUUUCUUACAGCUAGGGAUUAACCCCUUGGCUGCCAGGCGCCCCCCACCUCUGCCCCCCACCUGCGCGAUGGGGUCUGACGCCCCCCUCUGACCGCGGAGGGCUGGGCUCCUGCCACCCUGUCCAGAAGCUUCCCUUCUCUGGUAUCCAAGGUCCUAGCUUUGCCCUGUCCUAAACCUCCAGUAAAAACUUGGACCUUGUAGCAAUGAUCCCAGCCAGAUCGUUAUCUCCCAACUAGUACCAUAAUUUUGGGGGUUGUGCCUCCUGUGGAAGCUACAAAGAAAUUUGGUUUGUGUCUCACUGUGGCUAAGGAUUGGCACCAGCUCACCUGCAGGGACUUUGUGCUGUAUCCAGAGGCACCAUGGAGUUUGCUGAGCUUAUCAAGACCCCAAGGGCUGACAAUGUGGUCCUUCACCGCCCCUUCUAUCCAGCAGUGGAGGGGACCCUGUGCCUAACGGGGCAUCACCUCAUCUUCUCCUCGCGACGGCAAGAUAAUGUUGAGGAGCUGUGGCUUCUGCAUUCCAACAUCGAUUCCAUUGAAAAACGCUUUAUCGGCUCCUUGGGCACCAUCGUUAUCAAAUGCAAAGACCUGCGCAUCAUUCAGCUUGACAUACAUGGUGUGGAGGAAUCGCUGAACAUCGCUAGUUCCAUUGAGGCUCUGUCCACUUUGGAUUCCAUCACCCUGAUGUACCCGUUCUUUUAUCGGCCCAUGUUUGAAGUCACCGAGGACGGCUGGCACGCCUUCUUGCCCGAGCGUGAAUUUGAGCUGCUCAGUUCUGUUACAAACGAAUGGCGGCUGAGCUACGUGAACAAGGAUUUCUCUGCCUGCCCCUCCUACCCGCCCAUUGUCACCGUCCCCAAAUCGAUCGAUGACGAGUCCCUCUGCAAGGUGGCUGCGUUCCGCCACGGUGGCCGCUUCCCUGUCCUCAGCUAUUACCACAAGAAGAAUGGGAUGGUCAUGAUGCGGAGCAGCCAGCCGCUCACAGGCACGAACGGGCGACGUUGCAAAGAGGACGAGAAGCUGGUCAACGCCACCCUGAGGGCGGGGAAGCGGGGCUACAUCAUUGACACGCGCUCGCUGAAUGUCGCCCAGCAAGCCCGGGCGAAAGGCGGGGGCUUUGAGCAGGAGGUGCACUAUCCGCAGUGGCGGCGGAUUCACAAGUCCAUCGAGCGGUACAAUAUCCUGCAGGAGAGCCUCAUCAAGCUGGUGGAGGCCUGCAACGACCAGUCGCACAACAUGGACCGCUGGCUGAGCAAGCUGGAGGCAUCCAACUGGCUGACCCACAUCAAGGAGAUCCUGACCGCGGCUUGCCUGGCUGCGCAGUGCAUCGACAGGGAGGGAGCGUCUGUCUUGGUCCACGGGACAGAAGGCACCGAUUCGACACUGCAGGUGACCUCUCUUGCUCAGAUCAUUCUUGAUCCCAGGUGCAGGACCAUCCGUGGCUUUGAGGCUCUGGUCGAGAGGGAGUGGCUGCAGGCCGGUCACCCCUUCCAGCAGCGCUGUGCCCAGUCGGCCUAUUCGAACAGCAAGCAGAAGUGGGAGGCGCCCGUCUUCCUGCUCUUCCUGGACUGCGUUUGGCAGAUUCUCCGCCAGUUCCCGUGCUCCUUCGAGUUCAAUUAUCACUUUCUCCUCAUGCUCUUCGAACAUUCCUACGCCUCCCAGUUCGGCACUUUCCUGGGCAACAACGAGAAUGAAAGGUGCAAGCUCAAGCUGCCCCAGAAGACGAUGUCCCUCUGGUCCUGGGUGAAUCGGCCGGAGGAGCUCAACAGGUUCAAGAACCCCCUCUUCGAGGCCAACAGCCUGGUCAUCUGGCCGUCCGUCGCACCGCAGAGCCUGCAGCUCUGGGAAGGGGUCUUCCUCCGCUGGAACCGGUCCUCCAAAUUCCUGGAUGAAUCCUAUGAAGAAAUGAUAAAUAUUAUCAAGUACAACAAAGAACUCCAAGGGAAAGUCAACCUGCUGAGGCGGCAGCUGGCGGAGCUCGAGACGGACGACAGCACGCCCGGGGACAGGAUCCCGGAGCACCCCUGACUGCCCGCGCCAGGUGUCCCUUCUCUGCCGGGCGACUCGUCUCGACACGCUAAGCAUUAAACACACCGAGACUUGCAUGUGCUCCAGAUCCUUUUUGGUGCAGUGAGAGUGAACGUCGUUUGUUUCAUGCUUCACAGCACUGCUUUCCCUUAAAUGGAGGGGUUUGUUUUCGUUUUCGUCUCCUGGCGCGAGCUCGUCAUGUGACGCCGUGGAGGGGUCCUCUCCUGGCAGUGCUCUCACAUCCUGAGAACGGUGCGCAAGGGGAGUGUCCGCCACGGCCGAUGAGCGCGGCUUGCGCCCUCCUGCACGCAGUUUGUGGCCGGGGUGUGGGGGCCGGGGCUUGGGCUUGGGCUUGGGCUUGGGCUUAACUCAGAUUUCACACUGGACUUGAACGUGUUCUGAAUGUUUGUGCAACCUGCAGAAGGAAGGCUCCCUUGUGGAGGGAAACAGGCACGCGCGUCUUCUUCCCCAGCUGUCCCGCUUUAUUUCUGGGAUUGGCACUGUCCUUCGGUCGCUUAGGGCCUCCAGCCUCAAACCAAAACAGCAUCUCCCAGACUCACCCAGCAGGCGUGGAUUGGGCCCCUCAGUAGGGCAGGUGAUUCCCCCCACCCUCCAGCCCAGAGGGUGCUUCCGCCACAAGCUCCGUCUCGCUGGGUGGGGGGCAUCGCAGCCGCCCUUUGGAACCCGACGGGUUGCAGGCACUGCUGGCUUUUAAAGCACGGUAUGCCAGCUUUUCCGCAGUUGGGUUAUUUCUGCUGUGGACGAAAUAUCCAGACACAGGAUCCUCCGACUGGCACCCAGAAGCGGUCUGAUUUCAGGUUAGUUCAGGAGCUUUUCCUCUCUGUCCUUCGAGCUGACUUUGGUUUGUUGGGGGUCCCUUCUGUUGGCUUUGCUCGCCGGGCAGAAAGAGAGCAGGGAUUCCAGCCAGGAUGGCAAGCGAGCAGCACUUCACUCGGAUGAGAGGGAAGCCCCCGGAUCCUCGUGACACCUUCAGUUCCAUCAAGUUAGGAGCAACUUGGUGCAGAGCAGAAAGUGAUGCAAUUCUAUCCAGCUUGGACAUUUUUUAUCACGGGCUCUGUGGAGCUGGGACAGAAUUUUAACCUGCAAAACUAGGCGGGCUGGCCUGGGUUUACUGCCUGCCUGGAGCAGCCAAAGUCGGAGAGAGCUGAAAUGCCUGCCACUCCCAACUGGUUGUCUCUGGCUAAUGCUUUGAUGACAAGCGAGAGAGGCUUGCCCGAGGGCUGCUGACCUCCCUUCCCUGCAGCUAAGGCCUCCUCAUGAGCAAGUUGAGCAGGUGGAAGGACGCAUGUAUGGAUGCUCACCACUGCUCCUCUUUUGGGGACAAAAUGCCAGCGCUUCAAUGAAUUUUGUCGUGUGGAAAUUUUGUCGUGGUGGCGAGUCGGACGCCUCUGCGGAGCAUCGCCAUGUUACUUUUGAAACUGCUUUUCCUAGUGCUUGCAAUCUCGACAAGGAAGGUCCCCCCCCCCCCCCCCUAUUUUGUUGGCUGUGUUCCGUGUUUCAGCCUCCGCUUUCCAUGCUUUGAGCCACACUGGAUCCUCUCCUUUCCACGGUCGUGUGCAAAUGUUCUCCGUGGGCAUGGCCACCGCCAGCUUGACCUGCCGUCCUUUCAGCCUCCUGCCUCUUCCACAGGGUUCUUCCGUUCUCGACUCGUCUCCCCCACCCUUAGUAGCAUCCAGCCCCUCCCGAUCUGAAUUUCUUGCUUCCCUGCUUCCUGUUAAAGCCAGUCCCAACCAAGCCAACAGCUGCUGCUUCCCUCACAGGAGGAGGACGUGAAGCAUCUUUCGUCGCUGAGUAACUGCACACUCCGUGUCUCCGCCACAGCAACUCAGCCAACCUGUGCCAGAGGCAUAGAAGAUGUUCAGGUCCUAAGAGACGGGCAACCCUGUGAGACAAGCCUUACGUUCCAGAGGCGGAAUGUGUUUGAUGACACUAAAACACCCGUUCCUUCAUCUCUCUUAUUGCAGUUGGUUAAGAGCGUCCUGGAUAAGGGCAGCUAUUCCCCUUCUGGAACUUCCUGGAAUACUGGGCAGUUGACUCAACUGGGAAUCAGCAGUCCCAAGUUGCUUUGGACCUGCUCCUCUUCUCCUCUGACCUUCCCUCAAGCAGACAAUAAGGAAUCCCUGGUCCUUAGGGACCAACACUCGGGAUUAGGAUCCUGUGCAGCAUUUGUGAUUCCCCAAAGAAGCCCGAAUCGAUGCCAAGCUGUUGAGAACAGAUGGGGAGCGGGAAGCCCGAUCCAGGAUUCCACAGAGUCGAGCUCAGCUUCCUAGCUGCCUCCCAUUGAUGCUUGUCCCCCAAACCUCCAAGUCCUUGGCAAGUACAACUCAAAUCCUACCUUCAGCAUUUGCUGGUGGAAGCCAGAGGCCAAAACACCUGGAGGGCCACUCAUUGCCCACCCCUGCUUAGACACAGCCUGUCUCCACCCCCACCCAGCUCAGCGCCGGCCUCCAUACCUGCAAGAUGCCACUCGGGGCUAGACAGUGAACCUGCCAUGCAGGUGUGCUUUGCUUGGAACUGAAUCGCUCACGAGCGCUCAGGAAUGACGGCUCUUUUAAAAAAGCUUGCUUCUCAUCUUCAAAGGCUGGUUCAUGAUUUGAUGGUACUGUUUAAAAACAGCUAAUCUUUUGGUUUAUUUGUUUUUUUAUACGUUUGUUUUGCUAAAGGGAAUUGUAAAUACAGUAUUGACCAGGAAAUAUUUAUUAUUAUUUCAAGUUGUUCGUGUAGGUUAAAAAGCACGAGGAGAUUAUGUUGGACAAGUUAAUUUCAGUUGCAAGGAGGUUGUCCUUUCAUGUGUGUUUUGUUAGGGCCAAGAAUGUGGGAUUGGCCAAUAGCUUGGGAAUCUCCAGAUACAUUUUUCAGUGCAUUUCUGCACUACAAAAAAUCCUAGGAAUUGCAGUCCUGGAAGAAGCUUCUGGGAAUUCUUCAUGAUCGCUUCUUAGAGCAGCCUUCCAAAACCUGGUGCCCUUGAUGGGAACUGUAAUCCAACCCAUCUGGCGGCUUCCAUUUGAAAAAGGCUGUCACAGAAUGAGGCUUUCCGACAACUGGGAGCAAAUGAUAGCAGGACCUGGACUCAGUAAUGUGGUGUUUCUCCCCCCCCCCCCACACCGAUCCGUUUUUUCUUGUUCAGAGUCAGAGCUUUCUAACCACAGGAUGGCAGUCUCUGUGUGACUUCGUGUUUGGUGAUUAUUUCCCACCCAGUGAAAGCAAGGAAGUCACAUCAGAAUUUCAUCCUGAUAAGAGACUAUGCUACUGAGAUUUUGUGUAUUCCAUAAACUAGAAAAGAUUGGCUCGGGAUGAUGUCAUGCUUGUGGAGACCCGUUGAAAUCCGUGGGGCAUUUCAUUUCUCAUGAUACAGUCCCAUGGAUUUCAACAGGUCUGUUGCCUUAAAAAUGGCGAAGCCCGAGUCUGUCCUAACUUCUGCAGCCCAUUUUCAAGGGAUGAAACACCGUUCUUGUGAUCUUGAGGUGUUAAGAUUGCGUGCGCAGCACAGGAAAUGGAUGCUGGCGUGUCGCUUCUCCCGCUGCAAAGCCACCUUCACUCGGGAUCUUGGAGUUCUCACCUCAGCCCAGCUUCCCGCGAGGCUUGUGCUAGCUCAGUUACGGACACACGCUGGAAAGGGCGGCUAGGCAUCCUUUCCGUUGACAUUCCCCCAGCACAGCUGUUUCCAGCCAGGGUGUGUCGGACUGCAAUUCCCAGCAUGUUCCAGCCAGCAUGGAUGACGACGAGGAAUGGCGGAACACCAGAACCACCCAGGUUGGGCGAGGUCGACCUGCGCCUCCGGCAAUACUGCCUAUUAUCUCAACCCCUGGGGACAAAUCAGCAGCAAUGCAUCUUUCUUAAGAAUGUAGAAAACCACAAUUGACCUGGGAAAGGGCGUUCUGCCGAAAUUGGUCAUCUUUUGCUCCUGCAUCAAACAUCAGGCAUUUCUGAUUGAGUCCGGCUCGUCCUCCUGGGCUCGCCAUUGUGCCUUGUGCCGUGGCUUGAACGUUUGGAUGUAGAGUCACCCUGCACUUCAGUAGAGUAUAGACACACACACGGUGCGCACGCACACACACACACCCCGCCCCAUUCUACCCCGGAGGCCGAGGAGAGCACGGAUUUGCACCCACUUAGCGGGAAAUCGGUGCGGCGGCGGCUUUUUGGGGACAACUACAGUUUGAUUGUAUUUGGACGGAGCGUUUUCUUGAAUGUGGCAACUGUAUUUAAGUGCACUAGUGUCUGUAUUGUCUGUCUCUUAUAUUUAACCGGCCUCUUGGCGCCUUGCAAGAGGAGAAGGGAAACAAACCCCAGUGCUUUUCCUGUCAAACAAGCAGGUGUUGGUUUCUUAGAGCUCUUUGUGCAGCCGAGUAACACUGUGUGCAGCAUACGUAUGACCCACUGUAUCCAUUAGGCUAUUGCAAAAUAAUUGGCCACUGCAUCUCAGUCCUAAGUCUUGAGCUGCUGUUGCUUCAAAGUUCAGUUUUUACAUGAGCCAGCCUGGAAGCUACUAGAAAAACUGCUACUCCAUGGGAGAAUGUUUGCUGUUUUCUACCCUAAAACCCUGAAUAUUGCUGUAUGGCCUUUUAUCAGAAAGGUGAAUCUGUAUUGUGGGACACAGGAAGCAACCGGAGUUCAUUCUUCUGUUUUAGAAAUACGACAGUGGAAAAUAGCUGUAAAUGUUACAGAUGUAGGAUAUUCUCAAUUAAACCCUUUGAAGACUAA